AUGGCAAACUCGCGGAAGUCAUGGGCCCUGCUGGGCGCGCUCGUCGCGGCCGGCACUUGUGCGCAAGAAGCCCACAGCCACCGCCCGCCGUCCUUGGAGGUCUUCCCGCGCGAUGAUCCAGCGUACCACAUCGACACAGCCGGAGACGAGGACAUGGAGGCCUGGCUUGCCACGCUCCAGAGGGCCCCCGCGUCCACCAUCUGCCCACUAUCCUGCAGCGAGGUCGCGUCUUUGGGCCAAGGGUGGGCUGUGUACCCAGACCAGGCCAGCUUGGCGGCGUGCAAUGAGACCAUGCUCGUCGACGUCGUCUACCAGAACGAGAUUGACGACGGUCAAAACGCGAACCUAGCGCUCCGGGCCUGCGUGUCAGACUUCUCCUCACAGGACGUGUCCUUUCGCCCCAAGGACGACGUCGCCGCGCUCUGCACCACGCCCAACCAUGUCAUGAUCGACAGACCCGUGGCCCUCUCGUCCUCUGUGCCCGGGGCUCACGCCCAGGACAGCUUCUCGACGCAGCAUCUUCUCGCGGCGGGCCGCCAGGUCCUCCACCAGUUGGGGUCUCAGACCCCGUCAUGCACCCGUAACACCAUGAGCAUGGCCUAUUUCCAGUCCUCCCUUGUGGGUGUCUUUGGCGGCGCCGAGGUCCAUCAGCACGGCCUCACGGCCGAGUUGCUGGACAGGUUCCUCACGCACGCCGAAGAGACGUCCCUCUCCAAGACGACCCUUGUCCAGCUGUGUGAGAGCGACGGACGCGGCUCGGACUAUGGCGUGGGCGUCAUCGCCGGCAGCACCAAUAACUUUGCCGUCGUCCAAAAGGCCAUGCGGUCGUGGGCGAACGGACGAUGCUUUGCAGACGCUGACGCUGACGACGAGAACUGGACAACGGUGACCAUCCGCGUCCCGAAGGCGGAACCGUAUAAGGCCAACUCGACCGAGAUCGUCACGGCCGAGGAUGCCGAGUCGCCUGCGCGCCUCUUUUCGCGCGGGGACCUCGCCCAACUAGAUCGUCGCGCCGAGUGUCGCACGACAAAGGUGAAUCCGGGAGAUGGCUGCUGGGCUCUGGCCGAUCGCUGCAAGAUCACCCAGAACAACCUGAAGAAGUAUAACCCGCGCACCAACUUUUGCAACACGCUCGUCUCGGGCGAGGUGGUAUGCUGCAGCUCAGGCACCCUCCCCUCGACCAUCCCCCCGGGUAACGCAGACGGGACCUGCAAGAUCAGGCGCGUCGUCCAGGACGACACAUGCACGACGCUGGCCUCCAAGUGCGGUAUCUCCGGUAACGAUUUUAUGAAGGUCAACACCAAGAAAAAUCUCUGCUCGUCCCUCAUCGUCGGCCAGCCUGUAUGCUGCUCGAAGGGCAAGCUUCCGUACAAUCCGCCCAAGCAGAAACCCAACGGCUACUGCGCUGACUACCAGGUCAAAAAGGGCGAUGAGUGUGCCGCGAUUGCCGUCCGGAACGACAUCACUGUCACCGACCUCAAGGAAUUCAACAAGCAAACUUGGGGCUGGAUCGGCUGCGACCCCCUUCUGACUGGCAAAAUCUGCCUCAGCAAGGGAUCGCCCCCGAUGCCCGCGUCCGUAUCGAAUGCUGUAUGCGGACCAACGGUCCCCGGGACGAAAGCGCCCGCCGCAGGCAAGAACAUCUCGACGCUGAACCCGUGCCCUCUCAACGUCUGUUGCAAUAACUGGGGCAACUGCGGCCUGACGGACGACUUUUGCAAGGUCAACAAGGCCGCCAGCGGCAACCCGGGCACGGCGCCUGCCGGCGAGAGCGGAUGCAUUGACAACUGCGGCAUGGAGAUUGUCAAGGGCGCCGCCCCAGCCAAGAAGAUCAACAUCGCCUACUUUGAGGCCUGGAACUUCGAGCGCAAGUGCCUUAACAUGAACGUGGACGAGAUCGACACGGACCGCUACAACACUAUCCACUUCGCCUUUGUCGAUAUUAACAACGAGUUUGGGAUCGACGCGUCCAAGGUCCAGGAGCAAUUCGACAUGUUCAAGGACAUGUCAGACGUACAUAAAGUCGUCUCCUUCGGCGGCUGGGAAUUCAGUAACUCGCCUAGUACCUUCCAUAUUUUACGUGAGGCCACAAAGGCUGCGAAUAGACCGACAUUCGUCAAGAACCUGGUCAGCUUUGUGGAGGACCAUGGCCUGGACGGCGUCGAUCUCGACUGGGAGUACCCUGGGGCCCCCGACAUUCCAGGCAUCCCCCCCGGCGACCCGCAGCAGGGCGACGACUACUACCAGACGCUCCUUAGCCUCAAGAAGCAAAUUGGCUCCGGCAAGACCGUCUCCUUUGCGGCGCCGGCUUCCUACCACUACCUCAAGUCGUUCCCGAUGAAGAAGAUGGGCGAGGCGCUUGACUAUGUUGUAUACAUGACCUAUGACCUUCACGGCCAGUGGGACUACGGUAAUAAGUGGACGUCCCCCGGCUGCCCCGGCGGCAACUGCCUCCGGUCCCACGUUAACGAGACGGAGACUAAAGACGCCCUGGCCAUGAUCACAAAGGCGGGCGUGCCCUCGGGCAAGGUCGUGGUCGGUGUGAGCUCGUAUGGGCGCUCUUUUAAGAUGGCCAAGGCCGGCUGCGACGGCGUUAACUGUCUCUUCACCGGAACCAACCGCCUCUCCAACGCCAAAAAAGGCCGCUGCACCGACACGGCCGGCUAUAUCUCCAACGCCGAGAUUAGCGAGAUUCUAGAGUCCGACAGGGUCACCCGCAAGUGGAAGGCCGAGGGCUCUAACAUGCUCGUCUACGACAAGACCGAGUGGGUGGCCUACAUGGACGAAGACACCAAGAAGGCGCGCACGAGCUUUUACAGCUCGUACAAUUUUGCUGGCACCACCGACUGGGCCGUCGAUCUGCAGGAGUUCAAUGAUGGCCCCAGUGGCAGCGACAGAAACAAUGAUGAUCAUCCCACCAUCUCGAACCGCUUUUCCAAGUGCACAAAGGUCUUCACGUCAUUUGGACAGCUUGAGGACGUCGCAGACGACAUUCCCGAUCACUGCAUGAAUCGCUACAUCUUUGCCCUCGAGAUCCGCAUCAUGGAAGCGGCCCUGAAGAAGUACAAAGCGCUCCUCGACAACGGCUAUGACGACAAGUUUGACGUGUAUGCCGGUUACGUCCAGGCGCAGGUGCCGCUCCAGAUCAACGCAUUCAUUAAAGAACGGGGCAAUGACUACUUUGACUGCAAGGAGUACACCAAGCUCAAGUGCUGCAACGACUGCACCUACGCCACAUGCUGGGAGGACUGCGUCCGGGGCAACGACUGCCACUCGGGAUACGGCUCCCGGGACAUUAAGUGCCCGUCUAAGCUCGAGGACUCCAAUGAGCCCGGCACCGGCCCGGCCGUCCCCAACACGACGUGGAUCAUGCAGGAAGAGGACAAAUUCUUCAAGGACAUCUACGACGAGUACGGCAUCGAGGAGGGCUGGAUCAAGUUCGACACGGUCCGCGUCAACACGCCCCAAGGCUGCCAAUAUGGCGGAGAGAACAUUCGAGAUUGCAUCGAGAGGCGGUCGAACAAAUUCUUCGACUUUCCUGUCAAGGACAAGGUUGACGUCUUUGACCCCAAGGACAUUAUCGGCGAGGGCUACCCCGAGGCCCGGGACCUGCUGCGCCGGCUUAAAAUCCAACAAGACAACAUGGAGUACGACUUUGGCCUCACAGCGCUCGACCUGGUCGACUCGGCCUCGCUGCCGGCAUUUUCCAUGGAGGAGGCCGUCAAGAACAUGGACAAGAUAGUCGAAAAGGCCAAAGAGAUCAAGGAAGCGGCGAGGAAGGAGUUCAUUCUCAACUUCAUCAGCGGCCUCCUCUUCUUCAUCCCUUUUAUCGGCGGCGCUAUUGGCGGCGUCGGCAUGGGCGCCCUCCGCUCCAUGCUCACCCUCAUUGGCACUGUCGGCGAGGCCGGUCUCCUCGUCUACAGCAUUGUCGAGGACCCGGACAGUGCACUCAUGGCCAUCUUUGGCUUUCUCGCCGGCGCCGGCGUCGGGCGAGGGGGGUUCCGCAACGCUGCAGACGCGCGGCGAGGCAUGUCCAGCAAGGAAUUAAACAGCCUCGGGCCCAUCAAGGGCAAGCUUGACAUGAUCAGCGGCCUGCAGGGCGGAAGAUGCGCCAUCUAG